UUUGGGAGAGAUGCUGCUGCGCUCUCCGCCCGACAACAUCAGCACCAGCUUGCUUAACCGUAGUCGCUUUGGAUAGCCAAGGCGGAGGGAAUACGAAACAAAAACCGAUCAAAUUGUUCCGGAUCUGCGGACCGGCUCCAUGGGGGAACAGAGGGAGUCGCUGCGGAAGAUCUCCACCACCUUGGCGCUGAAGAAUGAGGAGAUCCAGAACUUCAUCUGCUGCUUGAAACAGAGCCUGCAGAACCUGGAGUCGAACUCCAGCCGGGUGCUCGGGGACCUGGAGGCGGAGUUCUGCUCCCUGUACUCCGUGCUGGACGAGCUGAAGGAGGGGAUGGUGACGCGCAUCAAGCAGGAGAGAGCCAGCCGCACGUAUGAGCUGCAGAGCCAACUGAGCGCGUGCACCAAGGCCCUGGAGAGUUCCGAGGAGCUGCUGGACCUGGCCAAUCAGACGCUGUGCAGCUCCGAAAUGGACGGCUUCAACCGAGCGGCCAAAGAGAUAAAGGAUAGUGUGACCAUGGCCCCUGCCUUCCGCCUGUCCCUGAGGGCCAAGGUCAGUGACAACAUGAGUCACAUGAUGGUGGAUUUCACCCAGGAGAGGAACUCAUUGCAGGCUCUCAACUUCCUUCCAGUGCCCGCCACCCCGGAGAUACAGGUGUCCGAGUGCCAGGUGUGCGACAACACCGUCACGGUGGUGUGGGAACUGCCGGAACCCGACCACAAAAUCGACCACUAUGACCUGGAGUACCGGCGGACCAAUCACGAGGGGCCGCCCCGCGCCCGGGAGGAACACCCCUGGAUGGUGGUGGAGGGGGUGCGGCAGACUGAGUACACGCUAACAGGGCUGCGCUUCGACACGCGCUACAUCACCUUCCGCGUGAAGGCGUGCAACAGGGCCGUGGCGGGCGAGUUCUCCGAGCCGGUCAACCUGGAGACGCACGCCUUCCUGUUCAAGCUGGACUCGGGUUCGGCUCACCAGAACCUGCGCGUGGAGGAGAACAGCGUGGAGUGGGACGGGGGCGGCGGGAAGGUCCAGGACAUCCGCAAGGAGAAGACCAGGACCAGCUCCCCCCUGCACUCACCGGCAAGGAGCGCGAUGAUGUCCCCAAAGAGAAUGCCCUCGGCUCGGGCCGGGCGGGACCGCUUCACGGCAGAGUCCUACACGGUCCUGGGCGACACGAUGAUUGACGCGGGCCAGCACUACUGGGAGGUGUGGUUUGACAAGGACAGCAAGGCGUUCGGGGCGGGCGUGGCCCUGCGCUCCCUGGGGCGCUUCGACCAGCUGGGCAAGAGCUCCGCCUCCUGGUGCGUCCACCUCAACAACUGGCUGCAGCAGAGCCUGACCGCCAAGCACAACAACAAGGCCCGCCCCCUGGACUGCGCCAUCCCCGACCGCGUGGGGGUCUACUGCGGCUACGAGGAGGGAGUUGUGUCCUUCUACAACGCCCGAACCAAGCAGCCCAUCCACACCUUCAGAACCAGGUUCACGCAGCCCGUGGUGCCCGCCUUCAUGGUGUGGAACGGUAGUUUCUCAGUGCAGACGGGCCUGCAGGUCCCCAGUGUGGUGCUGAACGGGCAGAGGAGAAGCAGCGGCACCAGCAGCUCCAACGCCAGCCUCACCUAGAACCGGGUCCGGACUCCAGAACCGCCGCAGAACCUCAAUGACCCCCCCCACCCCCCGCACCCUCGCCCCCCUGGUCCUGGUACGGGCCUGGUAUCAUCAGGGACACUGAACCCAAAUCAGCUCCACCCCCUCCCCAGGGCUCCACAAACUAGCCCCCACCCCACCUCCCACAGCCACAGUCUGCCUCCUCCUCUCAUUUCACCCCAUUCUUGUGCCUUUGGGGGGGGUGCCCAGUUCCACCCCGCCCUAACCCACCCCACCCAAAAAAAAAAAAAAAAAAAAA